AAGGCGGCCAUUUCUGCAAGCGUUGGCAGCACUGGUGGGAAUAAAAAAUGAAAGCUCAUUUUUUUCUCAAUAGAUUUGCAAAUCCGUGGCGGUUUUGUGUUUUGAUCGCGUGAAAGUCCGAGUUAAUUGAAGUUGUGCAGUAUUAAAAAUUCAUAAAAAUACAGGGUGACAAUGAACGCUAUACGACCGCGUUUAGUCACGUUUGACGUGACGGGAACUCUGCUCAUGACGGGGUUGGAGGUUCACUACUCGGAAGUAGGAUCGAGAUACGGGCUGUCGGUGGACCCUAGGAAAUUGGCGGGAAGUUUCAAACAGAACUUCAACAAACUGGCGGCGGAUCAUCCGGUGUUCGGAAAGCACACGGGACUUGGAUGGGAGAAUUGGUGGCGAACCAUAGUGCACAACGUUUUCCGAGAGCAAAACGAGCACACUUGCGAAAAGGCACUCGACAAGGUGGCGAGCACUUUGAUCGAAUGUUAUAGUACGAAUGAAUGCUGGCACAAGUAUCCCGACACGCUCAAUAUACUCGAUUACUUGAAGAAGAAGAAUGUCGUACUCGGCGUCAUAUCCAACUUUGAUGCUCGUCUAGAGUCUGUACUCGUCAGCACCGAAUUGCGCCCGUAUUUUUCUUUCGUUUUGUCCUCUUACGACCUUGGAACGGAAAAGCCGGAUCCAUUGAUAUUUGAAGAGGCUCUAAAAAUAACGAAACGUUAUUGCGAUAGAUCGGUUCUACCCCAUGAAGCCGUACACAUCGGAGAUACGUACGACAAGGAUUAUCUUGGUGCCAAAAACGCCAAAUGGAAUGCUAUACUGAUCAAACGUGAUGACAAAAAGCCAACUGAUAACACGAAACUACCUCAUCGCGACGUUUACCGUAGUCUCAACGAUCUCAAAAUUCACUUUGACAAAGUCUUUCGGUACGAGUCGACGGAAUCGCCUUAGCAAAUCAGUUUCACAUAUAACUAAAUAAUUCCAAGUCUCUUUGUCGUUGACUUGUUCCUCACUUGAGAAAUAAGUAAAUUAAACUAGAGUAAAUUUUUUUCGAUUGU